AUGUCAACAAAAGCUUCCCCAUAUAAGUCUAAGGUAACUGCAGUUGAACCAUUGCAACAAGGUAAAUGGAUCCAGACAAGAAGGAUAGAUUACAACGAUCCCAAUGGGAAACCCAAGCAGUGGGAAAUGGCAGUAAGGACUACGAGAUCUGAAACGACAAAUGUUGAUGCAGUUUCCAUAGUCUCAGUAUUACACCAUGAAAACAAAGCUAAAGAGUUGGUAUUGGUGAAACAAUUCCGUCCGCCAUGUGAAAAAGUAUUGAUUGAAAUGCCUGCUGGUUUGGUGGAUCCUAAAGAAUCAAUAGAAACGACAGCUGUUAGAGAGCUUCUUGAAGAGACUGGCUACCACGGCACAUUCCGUAAACAAUCGCUGAUUAUGUUUAGCGAUCCCGGGUUGACCAAUGCAAAUAUGGUGUUGGCUCAUGUUGAUAUUGAUUUGAAGGACCCCAAAAACCAAAAUCCAGUACCACAAUUAGAGGAAAAUGAGUUUAUAGAAACGUUUACUUUGCCAUUGGAUAAUUUGUUGGAGGAAAUGGAAAAGGUUUGUCAAAAGGAAGGAUGUUCUGUUGAUGCUAGGUUGUAUCAUUUUGCUAAAGGUAUAGAGUUGGCCAGAAGCUUCCAAUUGUGA